GUGGACGUUGACAGGGAAAUCUCUUCUCAGGAGCUUCACAAAUCUAAACUCAGAAAUAAUAUUAAUACAAUAAAAAGAAAGUCACUUUGCUAGACUUUUAGAGUGUUCGAGGAUGGGCUCUAAAGAUCUGAAACUCCUGGAUGUUUUUUCAUACGAGAGUCUUGUGCACGCAGUCGCCGGUGCGAUGGGCAGUGUAACAGCAAUGACUGUUUUUUUUCCUCUUGACACUGCCCGGCUCAGGCUGCAAGUUGAUGACAAGCGGAAAGCCAAAUCUACUCCAGCCAUUCUGUCAGAGAUCAUCAAGGAGGAGGGUCUGUUAGCUCCAUAUAGAGGCUGGUUUCCAGUGAUCUGCAGCCUCUGUUGUUCAAACUUCGUCUACUUCUAUUGUUUUCAUAGUCUGAAGGCCACCUGGCUGCAAGGUCAGAGGUCAACACCAGGGCGAGACCUCAUAAUCGGCAUUGCUGCAGGUGUAGUGAACGUUCUCAUGACCACUCCGCUCUGGGUAGUCAACACCAGACUGAAACUGCAGGGAGCAAAAUUCAGAAAUGAAGACAUACAGCCCACACACUACAAAGGAAUUAUUGAUGCGUUUGUACAGAUCAUGCAGCAGGAAGGAGUGGGCGCGUUAUGGAACGGGACGUUUCCCUCGCUGCUGCUGGUGCUCAAUCCUGCCGUGCAGUUCAUGAUCUACGAGGGUUUGAAGAGGCAGCUCAUGAGAGGCGUCCACAGAGAGCUCUACUCAGUGGAGGUGUUUCUUAUUGGAGCCAUUGCCAAGGCCAUUGCAACCACUAUAACCUACCCACUACAGACGGUUCAGUCUGUUCUACGGUUUGGACAGCACGGGCAGUCCACAGAUCAGUCCAAGCUCCUGAACAGCCUGAGAUCUGUCAUGUAUCUGCUCAUCAAUAGAGUCAGGAAGUGGGGCGUGCUGGGAUUGUUUAAAGGCCUGGAGGCGAAGCUGCUUCAGACGGUCCUCACCGCUGCGCUGAUGUUCUUACUGUACGAGAAGAUCGCCAACACCACGUUCAGGGUCAUGGGGGUCAAACGCACAAUGACGUCCCACUGACUUCUCACAGGAUGUUAAUUAGCUCACUGAUGUCAUAGAAACUGAGUAUGAAAAAUGCUCAGUUGAUGUGUGUUCUUUCAUUUUUUCAUAAAUGGGCGAAAUAGACAGGACCAGUCAAGAGUUUAGACACACUUGUCUCAGUUUGUGUUUAUCGUGAUCUUUGAAACAUUUUGAUAUAUAGGCCAUAUAUACAGUAGUCAACAUUUGAAGUGGAUCACAAAAGUUCAUCAAUAUUGUCCUAAGACAAGAGUGGGUAUUGUUUUGGUUUUAGGACAACUUUGAUGAAAGGUUUUGACCCACUUCAAAUGUUGACUACUGUAUAUUGAUAAAUAAUUUUCAUUCAUUCAAAAAAAUAAAAUAAUAUUUGCUUCUAAAAAAUAAAAUAUAAAUAUUAGAAAAAAAUGUAAACGACAAUUAGAAAUGUAGCUUUGGCAACUAACUGAAGUAAAUACAUUGUAAGAACAGAAAUGUACUAAAAUUGAAAAAAGAAAAGGAUUAAGAAUUACAUAAGCACUAAUAUGAUUUUAUAGAAUAUAAGCUGAAAAUAUUAAAACAGUAGCUAAUUCAAAAUACUAAAUUACCCUUGAAUAUUACUUGUAAUACUGAAAUAGCACUAAUUCAUAGAUUACAAUGUUUAAAGUGUAAACUGAAUAUAAAAUGUGGCUACUUCAAAGAAGUUAAAAUAUAUAUUUUUGAUUUGUGAUCCUUUUAUUAUGUUUGUUUUUGUAUAAUUCUUACUUACAUUUUGGUUAUUUUAUAGUUUAAUGACUUUACUAUUAUUCAGAAAUAAAUAAAGUUUUUAAUUAUUAAAAAUUAUUAUUACUAAAUUAAAGAGUAAGUGUGUCUAACUUUUGACUGAUAGUUUAUUUAUAAAUAAUUAUCACAAAUGAGAUGUAUGCAAUAGUACUGAAAUCAAACCCACUUAAAUAAUUAAUGUACUGAUUAAUGCAAAAUUCCCUUAAUAGGUCAAUACCUUGGUCAGUAUUUCAUGUUUUUAAAGAGCAUUUCAUUCUAAAUUUGAUUUAGUUUUAGUAUGAAUACCAACAGAUCUGGACGGGUUUACAUAGUAUGAAAUGUAACAGAUCUGUUUUGUAAAAAUAUUGCUGGCGACGAUGGAACCUGAUCAUAGAUCAGCCUUCCUGCCUUGACACAGUUUACCACACAAAAACAACUUCCUGGCUGGUUUUUCAGGUUCUGUGUAGGUGAUACUUGAUUUUACUUGACAACACACAGAGCCACUGAGACCGUCACAGACCUUUAACAUGAAACAAGUUUACAGUCUGAACAUAAAAAUAACUUUUUUUUCAUCAUCUAUCUUGAUAAGGAGAUGUGGAAUAACCAGUCAAUGAUUCAACUUCACAAGAAUCCACACGUCUGAAUUGUGAAUGUUGCAAACAGAACAUUUAAGACACUGAGGCUCAUCUAAAUGCUUUAUGUACAGACUAAAAUGUACAUAGUACAAGCAUUUGUCUCUCAGCACUGAUGUUCACACUGUACUGGAAUGUAAGUUUGUCAGCACACAGUUACGCUUAUGUAUGAAUGUAAAAUAUGGAUGUUUGAAUGUCAAUGAUUCUGCUAACAUAAAGUUAGAGGAUUUGAAAUACAAAUACUUUUGAAUAUUCAUGAAUGACUACUUAGAUUUUGUAAAUGAUGUCACAAAAAAAGUUGUAUGUGUAUACAAUAAAAUAAUUAAUCAU